AUUCACUUGGAACGGAGAGAUAGAAACGAGCUUUUUCUGACGUACAUUAUUCCCGGAAAGUCUAUGUGAGAAAUCUAGAGGGAGAGGGAGAGGGUGAUUGCAAACAUAAAUGUUGCAUUGGAAAGCCGAAUUCCAAGCUCAACUGAUUUCGCACCAUUUUCUUGGCACGUGUCCGGCUGUUGUUUUUCCGUUCGACUUUCUCAAUUUCGCGUUACAAUUUUAGUUCCAUUUGUUUUUGGCACACUUUGUGUGUUUGUGUUCCCAACACCACCACCACGUUCCAACUAUUGCCAUUGACAAAUCGAUGCUAUUCUCCUGGGGAAAGAUCAUCUUGCGUGAAUAAAUGGCACCAAAGGAUCAAGAGAGCGCAAAAAGGUCAUGUUUCUUUUGUGCGGUCCAGGGUGACCAUUUGGAGGUGUGUAAACAUUGCGAAAAUGUGAGCUUCUGUUCCGGAGAGCAUCAAAAGAUACACAGAUCAGAGAACGGGCCUUGCCAUUUGUUCACUGUCGCCACUGCCGAAGGCCAAGGCCGAUUCUUGGUGGCUAAUAGAGACAUUUCUCCCGGGGAAACUGUGUUCGUGGAUGCGCCUUUGGUCAUUGGUCCGGCCAAUAAAAGCCCGGCAGCUUGCUUGGAAUGUUUCCGAUUACCUUCCCUACUUUCUCGAGAUUCAGAUCGUUGUCCAGAGUGUGGCUUGCCGGUCUGUCAUGAUUGUCAGGCUCGUUGGAAUGGGUCCUCGUCGGCAAAGUCAUUCCAUCAAAUGGAAUGUCGUCUUUUCAAGGAGACAUUUGAAAGGAUCUCGCCUGCCCACCGCCAACGAAUCUUUGAAUCGAUUGACGUAGCGGAUGAUAAGAGGCCCUGCGCUCUCUAUGCGAGUCUAAGUGCCCUUCGAUUGCUCAAAUCCAAGGCCGAAUGUCCCCAAGUUUGGAACGAUCACGUCGAAAACCUCAUGGACCACGAGGAGGAACGAAAGAAAGACCAAACCACGUGGAUGCUCAGCCACAUGUUAGUGGUGAGUUUUCUCCGUGGGGCUUGUCGUAUUACAUUUAGCGCCGAUGACAUCCAACGAGCCAUAGGCAUCAUGAGGACCAACGGGGUCAAAUUGGACACGAGGUCCGGUCAAGCCUCGGGUAUCGGACUUUAUCCGACCUUCUCGUUACUGAAUCAUAACUGCCAAUGCAACACCCGGACCAAGAAGAACGCAGACGGAAAUAGCUCGAUUGAAUUGGUGGCCACCAUGGAAAUCCCCAAGGGGCACGAGAUCUCGACCCGAUACGCCACGCCUCAAUGGGGCACGAUUCGACGACAACAAAUGCUGCAAUCCCAUUGGUAUUUCGCAUGCCGAUGUGCGAGAUGCUUGGAUCCAACCGAAUGUGGAACCAUGUUAAAUGCUGUCAAGUGUUGGGAAUGUUCAAGUACAGGAUAUCUCUUGCCCAUUGAUCCGUUGAACAUUGGAUCGCAAUGGAGAUGUCAAGGGUGCCAGACAGAGUUCGCGGCAGCCAGGGUCAUAGAGAUCAUUUUGAAAAUUGAGACCAGGAUCGAAAAAGAGCUUAGCUUGCCGAGCGUGGAACAAGCUCAGUAUUUGAAGGUCAUGGAAAUCCUUGAAGCCAAGUAUCUCCAUCCCAAUCAUUUCCUCCUGGUCUUGCUCAAAGAGAAGCUCAUUCAAAGUCUCAUUUGGCACCAAAAGCAGCCUAACACGUCUCCCGCCGCCAGACUAUCCUAUUUGAAAGGGCAAAUCAAAUGGUUUGAACAUAUUCAUGACCUGAUGAAGGUCGUUGAUCCACCGGGGGACAUGUGGACCGACACUUUGCACAAAAUGAGAUUGGAACAUGAAAACCUUUCCUCGUCCAUGAACGGAGAUGAACAUUGAGCAAUUACAAGUGUACAACAGGGUAUAAAUAGUAGAAGCUUAUUAGUUUCUUUUAUCUUUAUAGGGUAUGGCAAAAUUGUUUGAUUGUUUUGCGAACUUUUGUCACGACCCAAAAUAGGACAAUAAACAACAUAAAACUAA